GUUUUACGCAUGGAUAUGCUGUCUGUCUUAGUCAAAACUUCCGUUUUAAAAGUAAUUUUUUUAUUCUAAGUAGAUAGUUAUUCACUAACUUCCCUUUGAUUACAGCUAUUAAAUAUUUAGCUGUAUUUACCAAGGGAAUAUUGUAUUUUUUGAACUCAUAGUUUUAUUCGCCUCUUCGUUUCUGAACGAUGGUUUAGUCAGUUGUUCAUCCAACGGUUGUUGUCGUUUAUAAUUAAUCUCAUUAGUGUUAUUAGUUGAUAAGUCUAAUGUUCCUUGAGAAACUUGUCAGUAUUUAAUGUAGGAUUUGUCUCUUAGUAAUAACCAAUAUUUCUUAAACAGUAGUUCCGAUGUCAUGAAAGAGUCUCAUUGAAAUGUGUCACCGACGUUAUAUAUACUUUUUCUAAAGAAUAGUUGUCGCUUAAAUUCUUCAGUCGACAGUUACGUUGUAAUCUCAGACCAAAUUAACUCUUGGAAUUUGUUGUCAUUAAUUUUACACUUCAUUAACUCAACUGAAAUAUAUUUAACUCGGCUUUCUUUAUCUCUAAAUGUUAUUGCACUCCCAUAAUUUCAUAAAUCAAUAAUGUUAUUUCAUAAAUAUUUAAAAAGUGUACAUAAAAAUAUCUGAGUAUGUAAUAUAAAUGUGUUCACUGGCAACUGGCUUGGACAUGGAUUUUUAGAAACUAUUGUGAAAAUCUGAGACUUGUGGAGUUAUCUAGAUGGAAAAUCAGAGAGUAACUCAGUAAUUACUUUGAAUAUAAACUUCUAAAAUGUGUAAGCUUGAAACUGCAAGCCGUUGGAAUUCAGCACUAAGUACCGGAAUAGUAUUGUGUACACCAUGAGUUUCAGAGAUGUCAGGUUAUACGGAAGGAAGACUUCUCCACAGGUGAAAGACUACAUGGUGACUCGCUAGAUACGUUUCUUCACAAAAUGAAUGUUUCACACGGAUGUUCGGUUAACUGAAGUGAACCAAACAUUACUCGGUCGACCACUAAUCAUUGCACAUGAAACAAACAGUUUUCCAUUUGAUAAUUUCGGUCGUUAUUUAUAUGAAUACAUGAAUCCUGGAUCAUUAUUAAAUAUAUUCUAUAGCAAGAGCAUCACUAAACGAUUAAAUACUCGUCGAAAUCCAUGUACUUCAAAGCCAAUUAAUUUAUUAGAUAACAGUUUUGAUUAUGAUCAAAUCACAUGUCAGUGGCAUACGGUUUGUGCACGAUAUAACAAAGAAUGUAAUUGUACAUGCCCUUUGGAAUUACUUCGUCUUCGAUUGGAUCGUGAAAUCAAAAGUAAAGCUUCGAAUAAGUCAUUCUUCAUGAAUAUCGAUCAAAACCGUCAACACUCUCGAUCUGAACACUAUUGUCCACCUAAUUGUCAGCUUGAUUAUCGUAUGGCCUUUGUGAAUAACUCUAUAUGUCCGCUGGCGUGUCGUACGGUAACUUAUAAAAAGUUAAACGAAGUUCUAGACAACAUUACAGAUCGUUCAGCUGUGCAACUAGAAUUAAUUCAAGCUGAAGGUUUAACUGAAAUGACUGAAGAAGCAUUGUAUUCGUUGCCUAAAUUAUUUAGUGAAAUAGGUGGCUUAAGUUCGUUCUGUUUUGGAUUUAGCUGUAUUCUGUUUUUUGAAUUAUUGGAAUUAGCCUUUUGGUUAAGAUGUACUUAUCGUUCUCAAUUUCUUGAACGUGUAACAAAGAUGUUAGGACAACACAUGGAAAUUAUUGAUGAACCUAAUGACAAAACUUUUAAAAAUCUUCAAAAUGCAACUAAUAAACUAUCAUUUACAGAAAAUGUUUGGCAAAUACAAGAUAAAAGACGUAAUAAACUAAGCAACAGAAACAUUAGCCCACGGAGACAAAAACAACGAAAAAAUGAAUCAUUUUGUCCAGUUACUUCAGUAUCAAAAUGGAGUUCACAUGACCAACCAAAAGAAAAAUCAUAUAAAUAUUCACUAAUAUGUACACCAUCCCGGUUGAAAUCUCGUACAUCAAAUCGUAUUGAAUUAAACCCAUUAAAAAUGUAUAAAGUUGAUGGUACACGCUUAAGUGAAUAUCCUGAAGAUCAAGAUAGUCCAUUAAUUGGUAUAAAAUCGCAUAAAACAUUUCUUUCAGAAAAACCUACAUUGGGAAUACAUCGAAAUUCUCCUAAUUAUAUUCAAUAUCCAAUAAAUUUAUCUGCCUUCAAUGAUAAAGUUCAAAUUUUAACAGUUCCGGUUAUUUUAAAUAAUCAUUUAUUUCAAGUUGCUAUAGACUAUGAGAUAACUUUAUAAAAAUGGUUCUAUGAAUAUAAUUAUUUAUACAUUUUCAUUUUAUGACAACAUUAUUUUUUGAAAUAAGUAUCCAAAUUAUCAUCAAUUUAUAAUACAAUAGAAAUCACAAUUCAAACAUUUCUUUGAAUAAACCUUCAUUAUGAUAUUCAUAGUUUCCAAAUUCAAAUGAACUUCAUAAAUAAUUCCCUUAAUGAAAUAAAGAAUUUAUUAGGUAAUGUAUAAAAAAUUUCAUAUAUUGAACCCAUUGAGUGUAAAUUUAUAGAUUUAAAAAAUAUACAUACGUAUAUUCAAACUGUAUAUGGAUGUUCUCUUUUGUUCCUUUACUUUCAAUCACUUUUAGUUACUAAGAUUUAAAAUGGAUAUAUCAUUAACAAUACAUGAGUUAACUUGUAGAUAUCAUGAAUGGUUUUUGUUAAUCUAACUAGCUCAUUUAAUUGUAAGAAUAUAAUUUACUAAGCCCCACAAAUGAUAUUCCUCUUCAAAUGUUUUGGCCAAUAUAUAUUUUUUCUACAAAUCUGAACCCUUAAAAGUUCAUUUACGACUAUUUAAUUAAAUGAUAAGGUAUUUCAAAGAUAAAUCAGACAGGCAAAUAAAUUUACGUUUUAAAUGGAUCAUAUCAUGGAACAUUAUAUGCAUAUUCAGAAUUCAUUCAAGCACUCUCAUUCUAUGUAACACAAAUUAAUGAAAGUAGUCUUCUUAAUUUUCUAGGUUAAUCUAUAUUACACAAUAGGUAGUUUCUUCAAUCAGCAGACUGUUUAAGAUUAUUAAACAUAUAAGGUGAUGAUUUUGAAUUCUCACCAUUGGUUUUAUUUGUUUCUGUUAUUUUUAGUAAUUGAAUAAAUUUAUAUCGUCAUCUAUUUUAAUGGAGGAAUUAUGAAUUACAGAUUUAUGUAGAUUUAAGUAAUACAAUAUAAUUUUAUAAAUUAAAUUUGAUUUGAAAAGUCCCGGAAAUUUUGUUUGAUGUAUUCUAUGACUAAUUAUAUCAAUGUACAAGAAACAAUUUAUCACUUUUGAUAUGAAUGUAUCAUGAAGACAUGUGAAUGAUCCAAGCUUACUCUCAAAUUAGUUUGAUAUCUUGACACAAAAGCUCAAGCAUAUUUAACAACUUAACAAGUUCAUAGUUUUAUGUAGUGAUGUUUACCCUUGACUAAUAGAUUCAACUACAAGAAAUAUCAAUGCAACAAAUUACUGAGAUGUAUAUAUGACUCUUGACCUUGCGUGAAGCCUUUCUAGAGUAACAGCUUGUUCCAAGCCCGGAUGAAGAGGGUUGGGCAUAAGGUUAGCGAACCCACCAAAUGGAAGAUAACCAUGAUGCAACACGCCAACCCGUAAUAUUUAGUUUUUUGGAGACACAUGGGUGGAACUGUAGUCCUGAAUUCUCGUUAGCUAAACAUCUCAACCAGGUCGAAGUUUUGAAACUAUUAUUUACAAAACUGUCCGAUGUAGGUUGAAUGAUUGAUAGGAAAUAUUGAAGGGCAAACACAAAGAAUACUUAUAGGUUUGUCAUCACCACAUGAUAUGCAAGUGCGGAAAACUGGUUUUAUCUUUCUCCAAUCUGUUCUGUUAGACAUAUAACAUUCAUUCUGGUAAGAUUUUACCUGUACUCUAGAUGUACUGAGAAAGCGGAAUGUCCUAGUCAUCACGUUAGUCUAGGUAGUGCUACAAAAUCUUAACUAGGUGGGACGUCGAUCUAUGUUUACGCUAGUUGAACAUGAUGGUAUUCCUUUUUUGGCUUUAAUUGCGUAAAUUCUGGGCAAAAUCAGAAAACUGUUUAUUCCUUGAAAUCUACACCGGAAUAGUUCUGACGGGUUUUUAACAACGAAGAGGAAUGGUGCUUCGUAAUAAAUGA